GCUCCGAGAUUUUACUCAGCAGGCGGCCCGCUUCAGCACCCCAAAUGAAGAGGGAGUCCAUCAGAGGCAUUUGUUCCCUUCCACUUUUUUUUGUUGAAACAUUUUCCUGCAAUCUGUGCGUAAGUGGGUGUGUCAAAUGUAGUGUAGGCUAGUGCUUGGGUAGCCUACGCACUCUGAAAAUAGGAAAAGUUCAUCAUGAGUUUAGUCUGAAAUCUACCGCGGACUACCAGGAUGGCUGUCUGGACACGAGCGGACAAAAAUGGUCAAUUAGACCUUUUGCUACGGGACCGCUGGAUUCGGGUAGCGGCCGAAUUGACCCGCGAGACUUUCACAUUAACGGCCGAAACAGAGAUAAGCGGACACGGGAACAACUUGGAUUACACCAAUUCAGCGGGCAUGCGGAAUGGAAUGUCUAACGGAAACGACCCGGGUUUAGCGUCGGGAAAUUCGAACCGUGGUCAAACCUCAAACCCAGAGCAACAUCCGAACCAUGGUGCGCUAGGACGAAGCGGUAGCCCAGCGCGCGGGGGCAUCAACCGGGGUCACUACGACGGUUUUAAUAGCCCCAGCUCUGGCAAGUAUAAUCGUGAUAAUGGUACGAACUCUGAUUUUGGCAGCCCGGGGUCCAGUUACGGUAGUCCUGGAUCUAGCUUCAGUUCCAGGCAUGGCGAAACUUCCAUCAAUUUAGAAUCCGGCGCAUCAGAAGCUGUGCGUAAAGUUAGAGUUGUAAAACAAGAGUCUGGCGGGUUGGGGAUCAGUAUCAAGGGGGGUCGGGAAAACCGAAUGCCCAUCCUCAUAUCCAAGAUCUUCCCCGGACUUGCAGCUGAUCAGAGUCGGGCUCUUCGGGUCGGCGACGCGAUCCUGUCAGUCAAUGGAAAUGACCUCAGGGAGGCUACGCAUGAUCUAGCGGUGCAGGCUCUAAAAAAGGCCGGGAAAGAGGUUACGCUUGAGGUUAAAUAUAUCAGAGAGGUUUCCCCACUGUUUAAGAAGCCCUCCUUGGUGUCAGACCUGCCGUGGGAUGGGGUGCAUCCUCAGUCCCCCAACUUCAGUGGCAGUGAGGACUCUGGGUCCCCCAAACACAGUGGGGCCAAGGACAGGAAGGUCAUCCUCCUCAAAAUGUGCUUUAUCAGCAGGAACUUGACCAUGCCUGACCUGGAGAACAGGCUCUUGGAGCUGCACUCUCCAGAUGGCCAGCACACGGUAGUGAUGCGCUGUAAGGAUGGCCCCAGCGCCCACUCCUGGUUCACAGCCAUCCACACCAACAUUGCUGCCCUGCUGCCCCAGACCCUGGCCCACAUCAACUCCUACCUGGGCUCCAGCACCACUGGGUCACACCCCCAACUCAAACACAUCAGCUGGCUGGCAGAACAGGUCCAGCUGGAUGGUGGGCGGCACCAGUUCCGACCAAUUGUCAUGGCACUGACAGAGAAAGAUAUCCUGCUGUUUGAAUCAGUGCCAUGGAACCGCGAAGCCUGGUCCACACCCAUGCUCACACACCCACUACUUGCCACAAGACUGGUGCACUCUGGCAGUGCCCGCAGUUCCCCGGCGCAGGGGGCAGACCUGGUGUUUGCCACUCGGACAGGUACAGGGCGGGGCAUCGAGUCCCAUGUGUUCCGGGUGGAGACACACUGGGACCUGUCCUCGUGGACCCGGGCCCUGGUGCAGGGGGCGCAUGCUGCCGCAGAACUCAUUAAGGAGGUCUCCAUUGGUUGCAUGCUGAACAGGCAGGACGUUCGCCUCAUACUGCACUAUGAGAAGGGCUUCACUGUGACCCGGGAGCCAGGAGAGUCUGCAGGGGGUGCUGUGCUCUUCAGAUACCCCUUCGAGAAGCUCAAGAUGUCUGCAGAUGACGGGAUCCGCAACCUCUAUCUGGACUUUGGAGGUCCAGAGGGUGAAAUGGUGUUUGACCUGCACUCUGGCCCCAAGCCCAUGGUGUUUGUUCUUCAUUCCUUCCUGUCUGCCAAACUGACUCGUCUGGGCCUGCUGACGUGAAGUGGGAAGAGGCUGGAGUCGGGAACAUAUGCAUAAAUAUUCUUAUUUUUACUAUGUAUCAUUCAUCACAGCCUUCCGAUGUACUUUUGGCUAUUUUCUAUGCAUGUACUCUGUUCUUGUCAGGCGAAUGUGUGAUUUUGUGAUAAACAGAGUACGACUUUGUUCAUAUGAGCAUGUGUCUAUUGGGUUUCCAAGUUGAUGACUGCGAGUGAGUGGCCUAGAGCAUACUGCCAGAUUGAAUGGGUUUAUACUUUUGCAUUUCUGUUGGCUUUAUAGAGUGCCUGUUACCCAAAAACUGAUUCUCUAGCACAUUAUCCAAAAUGACUGUUAUAAUCAGGAUUGCCAACUGUGCCUUGUUACAUGUAGUCAUAAAUGCUAUUUUUAGUGUGUGUGUAAAAGUAUUUUUUAUUUUGAAAAGGUAAUAGGUUUUAAAGCAAAGUAAGCUUUCAACAACAUGCACAGCAAUAGUAUUAUUCUUUUAUUGUUAACAUGCUAUUUCUGUACUGUUUUUCAGUUAAUUAUUUUGUAUGCAUAUCCUAUGUUUAGCAUGACUUGACUAUGAAAAUUUGAUGCUCUUUUUGAGCAUUUACAAAUCUAUGGCGUAAUGCCAGUGACCCCUGUCACCUGCCUCAAAGUCAACCUGCCCUCCAGUAGGCUAGUCACACUGCCAAACCAUUGUCCCAUGCUGCCUGAGAACACCACUUCCCUUUAUCAUUCCCUUCUGCAUUAGCCCUAAGCCAAUGCUUUCUAUUAAAGCUCAUGAGGUCAUA